AUGUAUUGUAAGGAUAGGAAUUGGGAACACACCGGUAUCAGGCUAGAGGCCAAACUUGACCAAAAAUCUGGCUUAACAUUUUUGAAUCUUAGUUAUCUCUCAAACACCGAUAUGCAGAAAUUACAACACGCGACAAUUGGAACCUUUAGUCUAGGGGGCUCUCUGAAUAAUGCAGCAGCCUGGUCCGAAAAGAUCGAACACCCAACUAACCGGGACCGCCCUGAUUUAAAAAUUUGUUUUCGAUCUGGUCUUUGCAAUCGGAAUAACUGUUCAAAUCCACUGUGCUCAAAUACUUACCAAACCAUUAAUCAUGUUCAAUCAUUGAAUUAUGAACAAUUAGGAAUUUUGAAAAAUAAUUUAUCUAACGAGGAUAGAUUCAGAAAUAAUGAAAAUGUAUAUUCCCGCCAGCAAAACAAUAUCACGAAAAGACCUUUGAAUCGUUCAAAUUCUACUCUCUCAAAUGUUAAUACCAAAGGAUACAAAGAAUCGCUUUACACCAAUUGUUCGAAUUAUUUAAGACGCGGAGUUGACAACUAUCAAAGCUUGGUCAAUAAUGAUAAUAACGAAUAUGAGGAUAGUGGAAUAUAUUCCAACGUAAGUGAUCCCAAAUAUUCCAAGUACCAUCAUCAAGAUUUCGAAAAUCCUUAUUACGCUGUUAUAAGGAGACAACCGUUACCCGCAAAUUCAUAUAAUCCUAACAAGACCUCAUGCCAGUUCCCCCUGACUCAGGAUAAAUGUAAAUUGAAUAGAAUCUAUUCUGUUAGGAACGAGAUUACAUCCAAAUAUUCGAAUACUUGCCCGUCGCGUCCACCAAUCACUAUCGAAAAUACCGAUAAACUUGGUAGAAAUCGUAAUUGCGUUAAAUUCCUUCUUCCUGAGAUCAAGAGUAGAGCCAUGAAAUUUGGCCUGAUGUCCUCUUUGUUGGGAAACGAUAAAAAAAGUUGCAAUGCUAGUGCCGCUAACGCUUUAACGUCGCAAUCGCCUAACACAAAUAAGAUUCGAUACGAAAGCUGGAAUCGUAUCAAUAAAAAUGAUGAAAUUGAUCUCAAGAGAUCCAUCAAUCAUAAUAGGAGUUUUAGAAAAUUCAAAUUUCCUAUCAAAUCGCCUCAAAUUAAUGGUCAUCAUUUAAUCCAUCAAAAUUCUUCUUCCAGUGUCUCUAGCCAUAACUCGCUGAUCCAAGAUCAAUCUUGUCGCGAUAAAUUUGACCAAUCAUCUCCCAACCAAAAAUUGAAUCAAAGUUUUAUGUCCGAGGUCAACAUACCAUCGUCACCUUUGAGGGGCGUCGAUAAAACUAACUCUUCACUUAACAUGACGCUUCCCAUUAAGGAUCACAUGAAAGAAGCCGCCCUGCAUAAAAAUUAUUCUUACCUUUAUUCCAAACUUUCCUCCCACCCUUUGAAACACGCCAACUUAACUAAUUCCGCUGCCGUUUCCUUGUGCAGAGGCAACGAAAUAGAAGGUGGCAACAAACUCCUCUCCCAGAUGUGCUCUUUAUCGUCAGAUUCUACCAAUAGUUCUGCCGCUAAUCACUCAAAAGCGUUUGAUAAUAGUUCUUCUAGAGUCGUUGUUGUUAAUAAUUCUAAUUACGUUAACAUAAACUCUGUUACCUCGCCUUAUUACUCAAACAAAUUGUCUCCUCCUGUUCACAUUAAAUUUCACGACAGUUCGCGAAGGCUUGUAUAUGCCAGUGGUGGUGGCCAGAUACCAACCGAAAAACUUAUGAAUAGUGCAGAUGACACAUAUAAUAAUGUCGGGGAAACACGCUCAAAUACCUAUUCGGUCCCCGAUAAAAUACGGAAUGAUUUUGGGAAGAAGCUCCAACAAGAACUCAAAGCCGAUGACGACGAAUUCGAGCUCAACCCGGAAGUACAAAAGCGUUAUAGUUUGAUUAUGAAGCAAAGGGCUUUCGAAAAUUUCGGGUUGAUAAAUUUAGAUACUGACCUGAAAUUCGAUAUAGACGAUUAUUACAAACAAACCUCUCCGCAGCAACCACCAAAAACUAUAAACCGCAUCAUAUCCACAAGCCCUAAAAAUAGCUUCAAUUUGAACGACACGAGUAGUGAUGCUAAGAGCAGAAUAACCGAUAUACCCAUUCCAAUAUUCAAUCAAUCAUUCACCUCGAAACCCAUUCACAUCAAUAAUAGUAAUAUAGAACAAGAAGAGUUGAAACAACUGAUUGGCCCAGAAUUCGUGUGCCGACAAAACAAGGUUUUAUCAAUCAUGUCGUCCUCAUCGACUUCCGGGAAUUCUUCAAUGGAAGACGAACAGUUGCUACAGAAUAGGACUAGAGGAGCUACUAAUUUUGACAGCAUAUACAAUAGGUGCAAUGCUGACUUUUAUCGUUACGGACCAACCAACUACAACUAUGAAAUGGGCAAUAAAUCUAACAAAAAGUCGAUUAAGAUCAAUAUACACAAUAUGGACAAUAAUGACGAGGAAAAGAGUCAAGUAAUGAAUGAUAUCAAUCGCUACAGCUCAACUUACAGUGAUAGAUCGAAAACGGAUUCAGUUUACUCUUCCAGCAUCGAGAAAUGGAACUACGACGGAACCAACAACGAAAGACAUUCACUGAGUUCGAUGAUUUCUUGUAGAAAGAGUACCUCUGAAACUUCGUUGGAUAAAGAUUCUGCCUUCUGUUCCGAUUCUACCGAAAAAUCUCACUCUCUGAUGAAACAAGAUCACGAACUCAACUCGGGAAACAUUUCAGAAGUUGAUCAUAAAAUACGCGAGAAAAAUUAUUUCGACAAAGCUGAAACAUGUUACAAGACCGACAAAAUAGUACCACAGCCUCCCCCGAGAUAUUCGAGUUUAAAAAGAGACGGUCAAUAUUUCCAUUCGAAUACCAAAAAUAUCGAUUCGUCAUCUUAUCUGCCUACCACGAACCUUAUGAAUAGGAUCGAAAAUAAUCUAAAUUCCGGCGAUAUAAGUAAUAUUUUCGAAGCUUGCAAAAUGGACCAUUCCUAUCACGGACUAAUGGGCAAUAAACCUGUCAAGCUUAAACCGAUAGGUAAAUCUACUAGUUGUGAAUUCAAACAUUUAGCCAUCGUAGAUCAAUGUGCUUUAAAGAAGGAAGAUGGUAAUUCAUAUUCCAGGAUUUCCAAUCGACCCAUCACUACUACCAAUGAUAUAAUAAUUUGCAAUAACCAUGACGCCAUAAGCAAUUUUACUCCCAGAGGAGGCCACGACUAUAGUAGUAGAUUCUUUGAUAAAGAUAUACUGCAUCACGAUGCUUUAAAUAGGUCUCCUCUACAGUUCCUGGCAUCUCACCCUCAAACUAGUAACGGUUCCCCUUCUUACAACUAUCAUAAUAAAACAGUCGCCCUCCCUUUAACCAACACUUUAAAAACUUUGUGUUAUAAUUCUAUCGUCACCAAAACAAGUUGCGGGGCGCGCAAAGAUAAUUUUAUUAUACCACACAAAAUCGAUAUCGACGACCUUGAGUGUCUUAAAAGAUUUAGUAGCGAGGAGCCUGAAGGAAAUUCUUCCGAAGAGGAAGUUCUGAAGGAUUUGAAAGAAAUGCCUUUACUGAGAACGGAAUACAUACUUAAUCAAAAAUGUUAGAACUUUUCUAAUUCUUGAAAAAAUAUUUCAUUUUUUGGUACGUUAUUUAUUAUGAUUAGUUCUAUUGUUAAAGAAAAGAUAAUCAUGAUUUUUUUUUUAAAAAAACUAUUUAGUUUAUUAAAUAUUUAAUAAUAUAUAUAUAUUUUAACAAAAAUAAAAUAAAUUCCCAUUUAUAAUGGUUUUAUAUAAUAAAUUUACGCGUAAUUAAAAUUUAUAGAAUAUUUUUAUAAUUUAACUUAU